AUGGGCCCUCAAUUGGUAGAGACAGACUUUCAUGGCCCAUUGCCACCUAAGACAGUGGGACUGGUGUUGGGGAGAAGUUUGGUUACUAUGCAAGGUUUGAUGAUCCACCCUGGAGUCAUUGAUCCGGAUUAUACUGGAGUGGUGAAGGUAAUGGUAUCCUCCCCUAGAGGGAUAUCAGCCAUCUCCCCAGGAGAUAGGCUAGCUCAGCUGUUGCUUUUGUCCAUCUGCCAUGAUCAGUUUCCUGCUACCGAUGUUGAGCGGGGGGCCAAAGGCUUUGGUUCUACAGGAACCUCCGCCAUUUUCUGUUCUUUGAAUCUUGAUUCAUGA